GGUCUUGCAGAGUGACAUCAGGAGCACCACACCCCUCUCUGAUUAUAAAGGCAGCAUGGAUGUCUGUACAAAUCCCUUUCCAAACUCAGAAGGACUCUAGAGCUGAAGAGAGAAGGGCCGGUCACUGCUGCAAUAAUCAUGGCACCAGGAGCAAAGAAGGGGAUUUUGGAGCGUCUGGAUGCAGGAGAGAUAGUUGUUGGAGAUGGAGGCUUUGUCUUCGCCCUUGAGAAGAGAGGUUAUGUCAAGGCAGGACCAUGGACACCUGAGGCUGCAGCAGAGAACCCAGAAGCAGUGCGCCAGCUGCACAGGGAGUUCCUGAGAGCAGGCUCCAAUGUCAUGCAGACAUUCACUUUCUACGCAAGCGAUGAUAAACUGGAGAACAGGGGCCACACUCAGCGCUUCUCUGGUCAGCAGAUCAAUGAAGCAGCUUGUGACCUGGCCAGAGAGGUGGCCAAUGAGGGUGAUGCUCUGGUGGCUGGAGGAGUCUCUCAGACUCCCUCUUACCUGAGCUGCAAGAGCGAGAAUGAUGUCAAGGCAACCUUUAAGAAACAGCUGGAUGUCUUUGUCAAGAAGAAUGUGGACUUCUUGAUUGCAGAGUACUUUGAGCACGUGGAAGAGGCGGAGUGGGCCGUCCAGGUUCUGAGGACCACCGGGAAGCCUGUGGCUGCAACUCUGUGCAUUGGACCUGAGGGAGACCUGAACGGGGUCACCCCCGGAGAGUGUGCCGUCAGACUCGUCAAAGCCGGAGCUCAGAUUGUGGGCGUCAACUGCCACUUUGACCCGGAGACCUGUGUGAAGACGGUGAAGAUGAUGAAGGCGGGAGUGGAGAGAGCCGGUCUGAAGGCUCACUACAUGAGCCAGCCGCUGGCUUACCACACUCCCGACUGCAACUGCCAGGGCUUCAUCGAUCUGCCCGAGUUCCCCUUCAGUCUGGAGCCGAGGAUCCUGACCAGAUGGGACAUGCAGAAAUACGCCCGUGAAGCGUACAACGCCGGCAUCCGUUACAUCGGAGGCUGCUGUGGAUUUGAGCCCUAUCACAUCCGCGCCCUGGCUGAGGAGCUGGCAACUGAGAGGGGUUUCCUGCCUGCUGGCUCUGAGAAGCACGGCAUCUGGGGCAGUGGUCUGGAGAUGCACACCAAGCCUUGGGUCAGAGCAAGGGCCCGUCGUGACUACUGGGAGAAGCUGAAGCCUGCGUCCGGCCGUCCCUUAUGCCCCUCCAUGGCCAUCCCCGACGCUUGGGGGGUCACCAAAGGCCACGCUGACCUGAUGCAGCAGAAGGAGGCCACCUCCCAGCAGCAGCUGAAGGUUCUCUUUGACAAGGCCAACAAAUGUCACUGAGCUCCCGUUUUAGGAGAAGGUGUACUCACACACUCCCUGAAGUUUACAUACCAAAAAGAUUGAAAUGCUGAAGUUCUUUCUGUCUUUUUAGGACCAUUUUUACUGUAUUUGAAGACUGAUAUCGUAUGCUGACAACUUUAAAUUAGCUUUGCAGCCUUAACCAACAAUGAGUGCCUGUUUUAAGUAACAUUAUCACAGCUGUGAACCUUGUGAGAUCACUGUGGCUGCAAAAGCAGCGGCUGUAAAUGCAUCUAAAGAAAAUGCCUUUAACACUCCAAAAAGUGCCAAAUGUUGACUUAAAAAAAUUAAUGAUGUGUAGCAAUAAACUUCUAAUUGAACAAAAUCA